AUUGCACACCAUCAAGCAAAAUCAAGUCACAAGAAAUCAAUCAUUGAAUAUAUUCAUGAUGAAGGUUGAAGAAGCUCUUCACAUGGUUGGUGGUGCUGGAGACACAAGCUAUGCCUCAAACUCAAGACUUCAAGAGAAAGCCAUAAGAAAAACAAAGGACAUAGUGGAGAAAGCUUUGAAGAACAUCAAUGGAGAAGUUGUGUCAAAGAGCUUGGUUGUGGCUGACUUGGGGUGUUCUUCAGGGCCGAAUGCAUUCCUUGUGAUAUCUCAGAUAAUUAGUGCAGUAAUGGAGGCCGGAUAUCAAAAGGCAAAGGAGAUAGUGUUUUUGCUGAAUGAUUUGCCAGGCAAUGACUUCAAUACAAUAUUCAGAUCACUGUCUUUGUAUGAGAAGAAGGUUAAAGAAGAGAAUGGGGAUCAAGUGUUGCCUUAUUUUGUUGCUGGUGUUCCUGGUUCCUUUUAUGGAAGACUCUUUCCUUGCAAUAGUCUUCAUUUUGCUCACUCUUCUUAUAGUCUCAUGUGGCUCUCUCAGGUUCCUGUAGGAAUUGAUCAUCAGAGUGGUGGAGUUAAUAUUAACAAAGGGAACAUAUACAUCUCAAGAACAAGUCCUCCAAUUGUAUCAAGGUUAUAUUUAGAGCAAUUCAAGAGAGAUUUCUCAAGCUUCCUCAAGCUUCGUUCUCAAGAGCUUGUCAAUGGAGGACAAAUGGUUUUGUCCUUUUUGGGCAGGAAAAGUUCAGAUCCAUCCAAAGCUGAAGUUUGCCAUCUUUGGGGUUUGGUAGCAGAUGCACUAAACUCCAUGGUUCAAGAGGGAGUGUUGGAAGAAGAGAAGGUGAACACAUUCAACAUGCCAUUUUAUGCAGCAUCAAAAGAAGAAGUGCAACAAGUGAUACAAAGUGAAGGAUCAUUCUACAUUGAACAAAUGCAAAUACUUGAGUCAAACUGGGACCCAUUUGAUGACUCAGUUGAUGAUCAAGCCUUUGAUAAUGUGAAGAGUGGACACAAUGUGGCCAAGUGUAUAAGAGCAGUGUUAGAACCAUUACUUGUUGGCCAUUUUGGAAAACAAGCCAUUGUUGAUCAAGUGUUUGAAAGGUAUGCUCACAAUGUGGCCAUGCAUCUCCUCAAAGAGAAAACCAAGCACAUUGUCUUCAUCUUGGCUUUGAAGACAAAGGAUCUCAACCUUUAAUCAAUUAGUCUUUAAUCAAGCACAUCCAUUAGUGCUAUAAUUAUCAUUAUAAAUAAAUAGCUUAUUGUAGUUAUAUAUAUAAUACAAGCUUUGCUUGUUUGUACUGUGUCAUGAGGUAAUACCUAAUGUUUUAGAACCUGCCCGGUUCAACUGGACCCUGCUAGGUUAUUGGGUUUGGUUUUAUAAAAACCUAAGUAGGGAAUUGACUUGACUAAGUACCCAAUGAACCAGUCGAACCAAGUCAACCCUACUAUGUGUUUAUAAGAAGGAGACCUGAAAAUUUAUAUUGUAUUAUCUUUUAUUUACUAUAUUAAUUAUAUUUUUAUUUGAAUUUA